AUGAACCAAGAGGGAGAGGCUGUAACUGAUCUGGUCAGUCAACAGUCGAGUUCCAGUAAUCUCCUGGAAAGUGCUGCAGUCCAUUUGCAAGAAGCACGGGAAGACGAAGAAGCUGGAUACGCGAGACUGGAGGAUAUACGGUCCGCUAAGAAGAUACAGAAGAGGUAUAGCCACUCUAUCUAACAUUUCUAUAACUGCAAUGCUUCCAAGAGUAGAAGGCAAAAAAAUGAAUUAUUUGGUGUCGAGGUUAUCGUGGACGCCUUGAUUCCUCGUCAGAUUAAACGCGAGACUGAACUAUUCUGUCAAGGUGCUCAGCUGGCGCUCCACGAAAUAAGCACGAAUCUUUGAGCAAACUGAUUCUGAACGUGGAAUCGAUUCACACUUCUAAACUUGUGUCUAGAAAAUUGACCUUUAUUUCCACUCAAUCUGGGAAAUGGCGGCUGCACAUGUGUCUUCAAAGAUAUUUUUAAUUUUUCAUCAGCAACUAUGAUCAAGUGAGAUUAAAUAAGCCGGCCAAAGAUGGCAGACUAGCCGAUAGUUUUGGCCGGUUAUCGGCCCCGAUUGAUAAUGUUCUUGUUUUUCAGUCCUGGAGAUGGUGUUACCACGGAGACUCAGACCACCCUAGAGGAGACAAGCACAUCGGCCACUCCUGUAGUUGAACCAAUUGUGGAACAGAUACAAAUCACCAAAACAGCUAGUGACGUUGAAGCCAUUAAAGACAUUUUAUCAGAGAUGGCUGACUUGGGGUGAGGCAUUUGUUGUUGGCGCUGAACCGAUAGAAAGCGCAUUUCUGGAAUAAACUUGAUUACAACGUUUUUAAGCUAUAUGGUGAUCAAUGAAAUCUGUUUCAAGUAGUCUACACUACUGAAACAUACAAACAAAACCUAAAGAACGUUGGUAUUUCGGUUGUCAUCAUAAUCGGAAAUAUGUUUCCUGCUCACUUAUUAACUCGUCUGGUAUGGUUUUUCUUUCCAUAUGGUUUUCCUCUCCAGUAGCAUCAACGAGCCACAGCUUCCCCAACUUAGUCACCCUAGUACACCACAGAGCGUCAGGAGUGAAGGUCCAAACGGAAAGGGUAGGAGUCCUUUGCUGUCUGAUGGAUCUGGGUCCUUUGAAAAUGCUGUACAGCGAAAGAAAUCUCAUCCUGUCUCAGAUAAAGGCUACGGGUCUACCAACAGUGUAUCGUCUGGUUCAUCGAAUGACAGUGAGUAUCGUCCACCACCUUCAUUACAACCAUAUUCAGUCCGUGAGUUGCACACUUGUAUGCGCAGAGUGCAGUGCGUGUGGCACGCUUUGUAACUCAUGCAAGAUUGAGUUUAAAGACACGCUAGCUCUACUGACAGCUACACGAUUAUAGAGAAGCCGAUGUGCUUGCGACAAAAUAAAAAUCGUGAAGAGUUACAGUGAAAUCCCCUUUUUGCUCCCGCUUAAAACUAUUGUGCGUCCUAUUUUUCAGAUGUGUUCCUUCCGGAAAGCCCGAAAAUUCCAGGAUUAAAAUUUGACAGAGACACUUCAGUGUUUUGGUAUAAACCAACCAUUUCAAGGACUGAUGGUAUGAAAUCACUUCCUUUCUUUGAUAUAUGAAGGCCUCGUACUGUACGGGAGACGCUGUUACUUGCAUUAGUUGUUAGCGCGCAGGUUUCCAAGCGGAAAUAACGUGGCCGCGUCACUUUGUUAAGUGUUAUGUACUUCGAACUCUAACAGUUACACUCCUGUCAGGAGUAUAAACAGGAACUAAUAGGCUGCCAAGAAACUUGUCAAAGUCUAUUCCUUGGAGUUUUCCUUUCGAUAGACUAUCCUCUUAUACCCCGAGAAUUAGCAAUACUUCCGGUACACCCUAGCAUCAGUGUGUAUUUUCUCCAUACUGUUUUCUAUACAUUUCCUUUAGUACUGACCAGAGCUUCACUAUCAUUGCCUUUAUUCUCAAGACCAAACUAUUUGAGGCAGCAGUGAGACUGUAAGGAGAAAUGAGAUGCUGGUCACUCUGAUAUGAGCCCACUCUGACGAGUUUAUUACAGUUUGUCUUGUUUUCUUUUUCUUUAGCAAACGAUAUCCUAAAAGACUCAGAACCGGGUUCUUUUAUCAUCCGGGAUAGUCAGUCUUUCCCAGGAGCCUUUGGUUUAGCUGUGAAGGUCGCCGUGCCUCCUGCGCAUGUCCUUCAGGGACUUCAAGGAGACCUUAGUAAGUUGGAACACCCCUCCCCUCCUAAAGUAGUUAAGGAAAGAUUUAAUUAAUAUUUUGCAAAGUACUUUCCACAGUUCCCGUACGAUUUGUUUGAGAAUUUCACUAAAAAAUGUACCUUUUUUUUCUCUUUCUGACAUGAUUCACUUCACGAUUCAGAGUCCUUAAUUAUGCGCCUGUUUGCACUUUCAUUGUUUACCCUCAGGUGGCUGCUAAAAAAAGUACCGAUGUUAAGCCCCUUUAUUGCGUUUCUCUAUGAGACCCUUCAUUGUCUGUUUCCUAAGUUCCGUUUUGUUUCAAUACAACUGAAAAAACGAAAGUUCUUCGUCGCGAUUUCGAAAGAUUACCAAACGUUUUUCUUCUUUCAGCAAAAGUUGAUCUCGACAAUGAACUUGUUCGGCACUUUCUCAUUGAAACAACCAAGAAGGGCGUUAGGUUGAAAGGCUACAACGAUGAACCCAUUUUUGGUAAGUACUUGAACAAUAACUUGUGUUUCACCGGCCCAAGUUAGAGUACAGUAAUAAACUUCUCCCAUAUCACUGGAAGUCUUUUUUAUAAAGCCAGCUUUAGCAGAAACCACACAGCACUUUGCCAGAUGGCAAAUUUGUUAGUUUGUUUGUUUCUACGUUAAAAAUUUAACCUAGAUCCUCCAUUAACUUGGUCAGCCGCGCAGAUGAUAAUUUAAAGAGUUAAUACCGUGCUAUGUUUUUAUCUUUGUAGGCAGUUUGGCUGCUUUUGUGUAUCAACAUUCCAUCACUCCCUUGGCUCUACCAAUCAGACUUAAAAUGCCCGCUCAUGGUAAGGUGUCUGUUGUUGACCAGUUGUCGCAUUCUCGGCAAAAGCCACGCGCUUAUAUAGUUAUUUUUAUCUAUUUUAAGUACUUCUCAUUUAAUUUUUAGUGUGUCGUGUUGAUAAAAAUAAACCUGGGCUUACUGACUUGUUUAAUCUCGGUUUUCAUGUAACAAAAUCUUUUAUCUUCCCCGACAACGAUCGAUGUCUACAUAGAUGUGCCAUGUAUGCAAGUGUGUAUGUUUUCGUAUACUAUAAAAUUUGCAAUCCAGUAUCCACCAUUCUGCUUCUUAUUUCUAAUUUCAGAAUAUCAGAACCGUUAAUAAAUGUUCGUUUAUGUUGACAGUCAUCAUAUCUCAUUUUGCAGACCUCCUAGCUGGAGAUAAGGACCAGUCUCUUGACAAGGAGGACGGUCAAAACUGGCCCAAAGGCGCUGGUAAGAUACUAGAAUUAUAACUGAUCUGUCUGGCUUGAUUUACGAGACGGUAGUUAUGGAUUUGAUCGUUCUCUGAAUGUUUUACCUUCUUAUAGAUAAUUCUUUUAGAUUCUAGUUUCACGGCAGGGUGGUUCUAUAACCUGAAACUUCCAAAGAAGAGCAUUCUUCCCUCCUAUUUAGAGAGAGUUACUUGGAGCGUUUUGUCCAACAAGAACACAAGAAUAACUGACCCGGCCAGGCCUCGAACCCAGGCCGCCCCAUACGUUGUCUAGAUGGCGUAUCGCUUGCGCUUGCCUGGAGACCACUAUGUCAGGUGGUUACAUCAUCGGAUGUAGAGUAAUUUUCGUUUUGUUUUUCAGUUGGUUCCCUUAUGUAUCUCGGAAAGUGCGAGGUGGAAAUGUUAACUGGUGCCAGCGCUAUACAGCGAACUGUGGAAUUUCUGUCAACAGAAGAGGCUGCCAAGAAAUUCACGACAGUUAGCUUUAAGGUCACACCAGACGGAAUGACUGUUACAGAUACUGAACGAAAGUAAGAAACGUUGCAGUUAUAGAAAUAAGAACCACGUUACAAGGCAGUACCACGUGAUAGUACCAGUACCACGUGAUAGUAUUACUCAUUAACUUUUAUCAAAACCCUUUAACUCCCAUAAGUGAUCAAGACAGAAUUUCUCCUUACAAUAUCAAAACAAAAACAAACAGACAAAUGACUAGAGUAAAGGAAAAUAUCAAUUAGGGGACUAUUAGUUGAUCCAAUACCAAAUUCUUUGAACUAAAAUCAUAAGAAUUGUAUGACAGGCAGUAAAGAGAAUUGCAAGUAAGAUCUUGGGAGUGAAAGGGUAAAUGAUCACACUGGGGUUUUAUCCUCCGACCCAAAAGUUAAAACCUUCUUGUUCAGCAUGGUAAACAGCGCCAUGAAAAUACAGCCCUGUAGCUUCCAUUGGAAUGGUCACACGAUGGACAAGUUUUUUACAGAACUUUUAUUUUUUAUUUUUUCCAGAGUUUUCUUCAGGCAGCAUUUCCACAUGAAGUCAAUUCUCUAUUGCGGUAUAGAUCCCAGCGAUAAAAGGUGAGAGGCAAGGGUUAGACUUUUUAGGAUUUUUUACAAUAAAUCAUUUAAAGUUGAGCGUAACAUUGGAUCGUGCAGUUUGAUCAUCCGGGUGGUGGUAGUCCUAUGCGCAUUUGAAGCUGUAGCUCCUUUUGGUGUAGUUGGUGUAGUUGCCGCAGUCGAUGAAGUUUAGUGCAGACGCGGUAGUUUGUCUUGAUGUUGUAUGUUAUGAAGCUGCGGUAGUUUGGUAGGUCGGUGGAAUCAUGCUGUGCGGCGCAGUUGUGGGAUUUGAUGAAAAGAUGGCUACUUUGCAACUCUUACUGUUUUUGUUAAAAAGUACUUAACAGCCCUGGUGUUCUUGUAUCUUAUUGCAGGUGGGAUCUGAAGACCACUACAUACAGUGGGAAGUCAAAGUAAGUCACGCAUUCGAAAGGAAGAAAUAAUGCCUCGCUUAUGGGGGGAUGGGGGUUCUUUACGGGCUGAUUCCUCCCGGUUAAAAUCUGGGAUUUUGGGCUAACCCCACCCUCCCAUCCCCUGCAUAAGUUAACAGAGGAACUUAAGAUGCGGAGUUGUAUCACGAGUGUGUGAGUGGUGUGUUUGUUCGAUUGCAACUCAAUAAGGGGAAUCUUUGUAAACAAUGGUAUGGGGAAAGUUUUUUGCGUGCGGGAGGUGGGAAUUAAAAACAGGAUUAGCGGAGAGUCCACUGUAGUCUUAGACAAGAUUAUCGUGAAAAACACCUUGGAGGCGCGGGGGCGUGGAUACUACUUACAAAAGGCUUCACAGGAAGUCUUCAGGACAUUGGACCACAUAAAAUCAAUACAAAUUUUAUUCUAACGUUCUAACAUCUCCCUUUGUUACUUGUCUUCGUUAGAUCAUUCGGUCUAGUGAUGCGAAAAACUGGAGGAGUACACAAUGAGUGUCAUUUAUUUGGAGAAAUUUGUAAGGACUGGCCAGCCAGCAUCCUCGUUAAUAUACUUAACAGGUCCAUGAAUUCGUCGACGUAA